UAACAUGAUAAACAAAUUAUCUCUACUACGAUAACAUAAUACAUUAUACAUACAGUUCAUACUUUGUAGAGUUCAAGAUGGCUGCUUCAUUUCGUUAUGCGCGCCAGUACAUUGGCCCAGUAAAGGCUGUAAUAUUGGAUUGGAGUGGUACUACGGCUGACAAAUAUGUCCUAGCUCCUGCAGUUGUUUUUGUUGAUGUUUUUAAGAAACAUGGCGUACCUAUCUCAAUGUUGGAGGCACGGGAACCGAUGGGACUUAGGAAGGAUCUACACAUCAAGGCUUUGACGGAAAUUCCAGAUAUUCGACAACGUUGGAAAGAAAUAAAGGGGCAGGAACCGACACAAAACGACGUAGAUAAAAUGUUUGCAGAUUUUGUGCCAAUGCAAUUAGCAUGCCUUCGUACGUAUACAGACCUACUUCCAGGUACAACAACUGCAGUGAAACAAUUGAGGGACAAUUUCAAAGUAAAAAUUGGACACACUACUGGUUUCUUAAGUUCCAUGGUUGAAGUCUUGUUGGAGGAUGCCAAAAAACAAGGAUAUGUACCAGAUGCAUCGGUCUCUGGAGAUGACGUCAUUAACGGGGCACGUCCUAAGCCUCACAUGGUCUAUAAAAAUAUGGAUUUACUUGACGUGAGUACGAUCCAGUCGGUUGUAAAAGUUGACGAUACGGUUUCUGGAGUUGGGGAAGCCCUUGAAGCUGGAUGUUGGGGUGUUGGUGUUGCUAAAUAUAGUAACUAUAUGGAUAUUAAUAGUUUAGAAGAUGCCGAUAAAAUGACACCGGAGGAGGAAUUAAGAAAAAUUCAGAAGUCUCGUGAGAUAUUACGAAAGUCUGGUGCGCAUUAUGUAAUUGACAGCAUUGUGGAUUUACCGGAAGUUGUAGAAGAAAUUAACCAGAGACUAAAGCAUGGAGAAAAACCGUAACUUAUGUGAAUGACCAAUGUUAUAUAAAUGACAUCUCAAAACUUGACAACAAUUGAUGGUGAUUUCCCAUGGUAAAAUCACUAUUUAUUUUGAUAUUGUUAUUGUAAAAAUAUCACUACUGUUACAAAAAUAAUACCUUCAA